AUUCAGUGCGUCUCGAAGCUCGGAGGUGGAGUCAGGGCAGCUGCGGGGCCUCUGGCAUACUGGACACAAAUCCGGUUUAAAUAAACUCGAUCAAAACAAAUCGCGAGAAAAUAACUUGCAACUUGCAACACCGCAGAAUUAGUCGAGAGUGUGUCGCGAAAUCGAGAGCAUCGCAAGAUUCAUUCAUAAAUUUCAGGAGGGUAUCUACCUGAGUGUGAAAGUACUAACCAUUCAUGGAUUCGGUAAUUACGCGACUAGUGCUUUAACGGUGUGUGAAGCCAACGUUAUUUGUAAUAACAAUUUUAACUAUGUGGUUCAUUAGUGUUAUUACCGGUUUAACUCUUCAGCUAACUUGGGUUACUUUAAGAUUUCAGUGAAGUGACUUCAAUGAUGCGUGAGCGUGAAACAGCUACAAAAAGUUCUGUGAUAAAUUCUGUGGAUCAGUGAUAAUUGUGAUAGAUUUGUUCCGUGGAUACACUAUCUCAAAUAUGGAUUAUGUACGAAACAUAUUCUACUUUAUGACCAUUAGUCUAAGUUUGGUUUAUGGCCAGCAACAGUACUUUAGAGUUCAACCUCGAGAUGUCAAAGUGCAGGAGGGUGGCGAAGCUAUGCUAGAAUGCGAAGUUGCCAAUCUGGCAGGUCAAGUGCAAUGGACCAAGGACGGAUUUGCCUUAGGGUUCUCGUCGGUCAUCCCGGGUUUCCCUCGAUACUCUGUGAUCGGUGACCGUCGUCAUGGCAUAUAUAACUUGAGGGUGAGCAAUGCCUCCCUUGAGGACGACGCAGAAUACCAGUGUCAAGUGGGACCGGCAAGGCUUCAUAAAGCAAUUCGAGCAAACGCCAGACUUAAUGUCAUAUCGCCUCCUUCGUCCGUCGAAAUUUUAGACCAUCGGCAUAAUUCCAAGAUUGAAAUAAAAGAAAAUCAAGAGUUUCAUCUUGAAUGCAGAGUUAGAAAUGCUAAACCGGCAGCCAAAAUCGUUUGGUACAGAGGGAACGUUGAACUAAAUAUACCUGAUCGCGACGAUCAAAUAAUUGAGGUUCCUGGUAAAAACGGCGAUAAAAGGGUUACCAGAUACGACACGCACUCUCGUAUAUCUUUGAAACCAACAGCUGAAGAUGAUUAUGCGGAAUACACGUGCGAGGCAAGACACGAAGCUUUAUCCUCAGACAUACCGUUAAGAACAACAGUACAAUUGAGCGUCUUCUAUCCGCCUGGCCCGCCCUACAUCGAAGGCUACACGGAAGGUGAAACCAUCCGCAGGGGCCAAACUGUGGAACUAGUUUGCAGAAGUCGGGGCGGCAAUCCCCCAGCCCAAUUAAUCUGGUACAAAAAUGGCGAGCAAAUUCGGAUGGCUUACAGAACUGCCGGACGAGUAUCCGAAAACGUCUACACUUUCACAGCUGACGCCAGCGACAACAAGGCUCGCUACAAAUGCGAAGCGAGCAACAUCAUGUCGAAAUCGCCCCUCAAAGCCGAAGUUGAUAUGACCGUGCUUUUCUCACCAGCACAUGUCACCAUAUCAGGGCCAACGGAAGCCAGGGUUGGCGAUCCCGUACCUCUCACUUGCACAACCGCAAACUCGAAUCCGCCUGCUGAAAUUAAAUGGAUGGUGGCCGGCAGACAGGUUAGAAAUGCCACCUCCAGGACGGUCGUUUCCCCAGAAGGAGGCUGGAUCACAACUUCAAACAUCACAGCCGUUGUUGAACCGAAUCGGAGAAGUUUGGUUGUGAUUUGUCACGGGCUGAACAUGCAAUUAACAGAAAAUGUUGUCUCGACUCAUACUAUCAAUGUUUUAUAUCCACCAAGUGCGCCUUUUAUUCACGGAUACACUGAAGGGUCGUACAUCCCGGCCGGAACCGUUCAAAAAAUCUCAUGUACCUCGUCCGGGGGCAAUCCACUAGCCACCCUAACAUGGUACAAGAACGAUAAAAAAAUCAAUUCAGUCUUAAAGACCACGGACAAGUCAGUAACUGCAGAAAUAACAAUUCUGACAAAUGUAACCGAUAAUGAGGCGCGGUAUCGGUGCGAAGCAGCAAACUCAGCUACUGAAAUCCCACUCUUCGAAACUAUAACAAUGAAUGUUUACUUUCCACCUGAUCACGUAAAAAUUCGUAAAGAGCCGCUCGAACUGAAACCAAACGAGCAAGCAACUCUAACUUGUGACUCUAGCUCGAGCAAUCCUCCGGCAAAAUUAUCUUGGUGGCGUGAAGGCAUCCCAGUCCAAGGUCUCCUCAAUACGACAAAACCCGGUCUUCACGGAGGCACCGUCUCUAGCAUCGAACUGAAACUUAACAUCACAGAACAACUCAACGGCAUUGUUUACACAUGUCAAGCCACUAAUGAAGCUUUGCAACGCUCGGUCCAUGACGCUAUCACUCUUCAAGUUUUAUAUAAACCCGUCUUCGACAAAGAUAACGAAGAAGCGGUCACCGGCAUAGAAGGCGAGCCAUUAAUAAUCACGUUAAAAGCAGAUGGCAAUCCCCCAAAUAUCGCCUACACCUGGACAAAGGAUGGUCUCCCGAUUAUCCAAUCGUCUUCGAGUUCGGGCAUCGAGAGGAUUAUCUCCGACGGUCCGGUUUUAAAUAUAACGAGAUUAGGCCGACACGAUGCUGGGACCUAUUCUUGCGAAGCGUUGAACUCGCAGGGCAGUUCAGUAGCCCAAGUUAAUAUCACCGUCCAAUACGCGGCGACAAUUGUAGCGACUAGUGAAAAUGUCGUAGUGAAUCCAAAUGAGGAUGCGACGCUUUCUUGCACAGCAGACGGGAAUCCGCUCUCUGAUGAUACAAUUACGUGGAAAAGGGACGAUUUUCCGGAUUUUGACGCUCGCACCUCGGUUAUGUACGAUAAAAAUGGGACGUCGUAUCUGCGGAUAACUGAUGUUACAAGAGACGAUUUGGGAAACUUUCAAUGCAUCGUCAACAACGGCGUGGGAAAUGUCACGACGAAAGAAGUGAUGCUCAUAGUCAAACAUAAACCCGAAAUUGAUCAGCAUCCUACCCUUCUUAAAUUUGCAAGUGAUGCGGGUGACACAGGGAGAGUUAUUUGCCGGAGUCAGGCGUCUCCUUUGGCCAAGUAUAAAUGGGCGAGAUCGGGAUCGCCCAUCACAGCCAACACCACCGGCAAAUACUACACCACUUAUAGACAGAUCGACGCGCUCACAUCGGAAUCCGUCCUGUAUAUCACACACGUGACUUCCUCGGACUAUGGCAACUACGAAUGCGUUGCGAGGAACGAAUUAGGAUUUGCUACAGCUUCGCCAAGACUUGAAGUAACUUCUGCUCCAGAUACUCCUACACUGCUAACAAUAUUAAACGUGACUCAUGAUACCGUUACAUUAGGAUGGACACCUGGUUUUGAUGGAGGCAUGAAAGCCUCUUAUCGCAUUAGAUACAGACAAGUAAAUGAUGAUGGCUAUAAAUAUGUGGACGUCGUGCCACAUAAUGCCACUUCUUUUGUGAUACGGGAUUUGGAAAUUAACACACAAUACGUGUUCUCGAUUAUGGCGAUGAAUAAAUUAGGAAACAGCAAAUAUAUGCCCGAUCUUUUGUCAGCCAGGACUUCGAUGUACAGCGACCACAUUGAGAAAAUUAUCCCAGAAGAUUUGCUGGAAAAGCAAGACCUACCCAGAAUUGUUAUUAUUAGUGUUUCUGUUAUUGGUAUUUUCCUUUUGAUUGUCAACAUCGGAUUAGUUGCCGGUUGCAUGCUAAAACGAAGAGCUAAAAGAAUACGAGAACAAAGUAAUCAAACAAGCAAAUCUGCUACCAUCGAAAUGUACGCGCCUAGCAGCUACAACGAUACCGUCACAGGGGAGACUUUAUCUUCGGUUAGUGAGAAAAGUGAAACUUACAGUAACGAAGGAAGCAACAAUGAUUAUGUUGACGAAGGACGCAAGCAAGCUACGAGCACUUAUCUAAUGGAUCAGCAGGACUACCCAGGUGCGUACCCAGUGUGUCCCAGUUAUGAGCUUCAGAUGCAACCUAACAUGGCUCACAAAACUCACACUCUUCCUCAUCCUCAUCAUCACCACCAGCAUCACAUGCAUGAUAGGAACAGAGCUAGAGAUGAUCAGAGUCUUGCCUAUCAUGGCACGAUGUCAGCGAAAUCGUCGUAUGUGAGCGCCCCCUCCCCGGCGCCCCCCGCUGACGGUUCCUACUACAACAUGUCCGAUCGCUACUUGUCAUACCCGCCGCCUUUGGAUUUCCAAAAUCCGCCCCCGAUACCGGCGCAUCCCCAUAUGGGUCAUAUGCACAACCCGGUGACGCCACCCCUUCCGGCCAACGGUUCUCUUCUGCGCCACCAAAGAGGAGCUGUGCCGCCGCCCGACGUUUUGCAUAACACCAGCCAAAACCCUCAAAUACUUCAAGCUCAAACUCUUGCUCAAAAGAGAGAACUCACCAGUUUUGGUAACGGUUAUGGUGUUAACGAACAAGAAGGACAUCUUGUCUGAGACAAGGAGGAUAUUUUAUAUGUCCUGUAAAAUAAAGUGCGACUGAUACUCAAUCUCGAUGUAUUGAGUUUAUUAUAGACUGUGAAUUUUUAAUAAACUUUUCGAACGAAUUUUCAAAUGAAUGAUAAUAUCACUGCAAUAUAAAGACAUAAAUAAUCAAUUAACAGUGUAUUUUGCUAAUUUUGACUUAAAAGAAACUUUAUAAAUAAUUAACAGUGUUGUUCUAGAGUUGUUGUAUGUUGAAUUAUUGUCAGUACUGAAGAAAAGUGCAUAAGAAGAUAAUAGUGCAACUGUAGAUUUAGGUACUCGUAUUUAGAGAAUUUUUCGUUGAUUUAUUUGCAGAUUUAUUCAUAUGCUGUUGUAUUGCAUUACUUACUUUAAUACUCAAAAUUAAAAUGUGAUAAAUUCUAAUUUUAAAAUAUUAUUAUCUUCUUAUGCUUAGCAAUAAUUUAACUAAAAGAUAAUUUCGUCAUGAAAUAAAAACGAACGAAUAACUUGCUAACUGAUAAUCAGUUUAUUUAAAAUUAAUGUGAUCGUUGUAUGUAAAGAAUUAUUGUUAUUUUUGUAAUGAAGCCUUUUUUGGAAAACAUAUUACUUAACAUUUUUAUUUUAAGUUAUAGAAUUUAAGUUCUUUUUGUAUAUAUUUUUCCGUUAAGAUUUUAAUAAUUUAAAAAAUGUUAUUUACUAGUCCAAUCCAACAACCAAAGUGUUUUCUUAUGUACAUGAAUCGUCUUUUAUUUUGAGAGUAACUACUUUUUAAAUUUCAUAGUAGCGUUGUACUUGUACUAUCAUUUUCUUUUUUUUUAUUUAUUCUUUUAUCUUUAUUUGUACACAACUUUGUUACGUUAAUAAAUUUUGUACCUAUAUCAAGAAUUUUUUUGUUAAAUUUACCUGUUCUUUUUUGAAUGUGAUUAAUUUCAAAAAUUAAUAAACAAAAAUAACAAGGCAAUAUUACAUCUUAAAUCAAAAAUGCAGUAAAAUUUAUAAAAUGAGGCCCAAACCAUGCGGUUGUAGUUGCGUUAUCAUAAUUACGAAAAUAAGAAACAACGAAACGGCCGUGUUUUAAUCUCGAAACGUCAUGAAGCAUUUUGAAUUCAGUUUUUAUUAGCAAACGGACAAAUGGGGUAUGAAUAUAAAUUUCACUGAACGAUAAAAAUAUUUAAUGCGUUAUCAUUUGCUAAAUAAAUUUUUUAAUAAAAUUGUUAGAGUCGAGAAACAAUCAUUUUUAUAGAUUAUUAUGAACUUUUAUAGGUGGAAUGUAACCUUUCCGUUUAAACCAAUUAAUCAAAGAUGUAAAUAUGUAAUAAUGUAUUAAAAAUAUGAAACUAAUACCUUCCAUUUUGCCAUUGUAAUAAGAAUAAUAAUAAAUGUUUAAAAGUGCCUUUAAUAUUAAUACAAUCUGCUGUGUAUUAUAAUAGUGCAGUGUUUUAAUUUUUUAUUUAAUAUCACGAUUGUCGCGUUUUUGGUUCGUUAUAGGUAACUGUAAAUAAUUUUCAGUCAAUUCUCUAAUUAUGUACCUACCGUAACUUUUAUAAAAAAUGUUUUUCUCAGUGUGCUUGUAAUUCUGAGAAUUGGUUUUACAACUAUACCUAUAUAUUUUUACCUUUAUUGUUGUUGAUAUGAAUGAAUGCUCAUUGUAAAUUAUACUGUUGAAUUGUCC